AUGGCAAGUGGGAUGAUUCAUUUUCAAGUCCCCCAACUCAACAAGGAUAACUACGACAAUUGGAGCAUAAGGAUGAAAGCAUUGCUCGGGUCGCAAGAUGCAUGGGAGACCGUAGAGAAAGGCUACACGGAGCCACAAGACGAGGUUGCUCUAUCCCAAGCACAAAGGGAUAGUUUGAAGGAUGCAAGGAAGAAGGACAAGAAGGCGCUCACCCUCAUCUAUCAAGCCUUAGAUGAAGGCAAGUUCGAGAAAGUAGCUUGUGCUACUACGAGUAAGGAAGCAUGGGAGAUCUUGCAAAACUCCCACAAAGAAGUUGAGAAGGUGAAAAAGGUUCGACUUCAAACACUUCGAGGUGAGUUUGAAGCUUUACAUAUGAAAGAAUCGGAAUCAAUUUCUGAUUACUUCUCUAGAGUGUUAGCUAUUGUGAAUCAAUUAAAAAGGAAUAGAGAAAAGUUGAACAACAGUCGAGUAAUUGAGAAGAUACUUAGGUCUUUAGAUUCUAAAUUUGACUACAUAGUUGUAGCCAUUGAGGAAUCUAAAGAUCUAGAUAGUACGAGUGUCGAUCAACUCAUGGGAUCUUUACAAGCCCAUCAGGAAAGACUAAGGAAGAAGGUGAAAGAAGAGCCAUUAGAGCAAGCCCUUCAAACAAAGCUUACUUUGAACGAGGAAUGUAGAAAUAUUACUAACCAAGUUGAGGAGAAAGCCAACUACGCUUGUUGGGAAAGUGAAGUAGAUCUUGCACUACUAUUGGCUUACAAAGUAAGCGGCAACAUUACCUUUGGAGAUGAAUCCAAGAUCCUAGUGAAAGAAAAAGAGAAUGGCUAUGAUAUUCAUUUGAAAGAUUAUAGUCUUUUAAUAAGAGAUCAAAGAGAAAAUUUGAUUGUCAAAGUCCCUAUAACAAGAAAUAGAAUGUUUGCGUUAAGUAUUCAAAAUGAUGUCGCUUAA